UAGAAUAGGAUUCUGCUUGUCAUCGUGCUCUAGAAAUCACGUUGCAGCCGAGUUGUUUUGAAUCUUUGGUUUAUUCCUCUGAUUGUUACAAAAUUAUUCAGUUAUAGUAUUUAUAUAGGUGGUGGUAUAUAUUUGUGUUUACGUGAAGGCGUCUGCUCGCUCCAAGAGAUUCCUCUCCAAGAAAAAGGUUAAUGGAUGGCGUGACUUUUGCGAGUCUCUUGCUCCCCGGUCUCCUGCUUCUUUGGUGUGGAAACGUAUUAAAUCAUUCAGAAGGUGCGAUGAAGUCGUCCCCUACAAAUGCGCUCCAAGUGGAAUGUGUGGAACCUCCACUCCAAUUACGUAGACAGUAUCUCUCGGAUAGAUGCCAAAAGAGUGGUCUAGAAAUUGUCCUGGCUUGGAUUCCCAGUCACAGCGGUAUUCGUGGCAACGAGAACGCCGACCUAUGUGCUAAAGAAGCUGCCCGCUUGGGUACUGAGAUCUACAACAAGACUUUCUCCAGAGAUAUCCGGGCUCUCGCUAAAUCACAUCUAUUCAAAUCUUGGGAUGAGCUUUGGCAAACAUCUAAGCAAGCAAAAGGGAACUUCUGGACUACAUCAUUGGACUUCCCACCGAACAGUCUUCAAUAUAAUUUAAAUGUACCUACCGACUAUUUUUUUUUAAUUGUUUUUUAAUUUUUUUUUAUUUUUUUUCUUCGGUACCUUGACGUUGGCAGAAUCAUCGUUUCUAAACGAUGCAGC